GGGGGGGGGGUUGCAAAGAUCAGAACCGAGAGAAAGUGCAGCAGCGAGAGACAGCGGGAAGUUGAGAAUCCGGCUUUAUUUACAGAUCACUUGUCAAAAGGAGCAAUUUAAGGGGAAUACGCCCGUUCCUGUGCCGUGACAGGCGAGGUGGCUGUUUAGACGGGGGGAGAGAGAAAAAAAAAAAAAAAAAAAAGAAGCAAAAGACAAGCAUGAACCUGAGUGCUAGCUAGUCAAACAGACUUUUUUUUUCUGUUGAAGACACGCAGAAGCAGAGGGUGGCGAGGGAGGCGAGUGGGUGUUAAGUGACUUCAUUUGUAGUCUAUUUAAGGGAUGUUUUACUUGUCCUCGUGCUGCUCCUCCAUCACCCGAUACCGCCUCUGCCGUCUAUAUACUUCCCCAACAUGCACUAUUAUUUUUUUUUUGUUGUUGUUGUAAAUAGCAAUUAUUUCCCGUCAUUCGGCUAAAAAAGGUGUUUGCUUUCAGCCCCGCUUCCAAAGCGAGAAGUGCAAGUCCGCACUUAAUUCAACAUCCGUGUCCUGCUCUUUUCACAUCCUUUUUUUUUUUUUUUUUGCGUGAGAGUAUGACACUUUUUUUCAAUGUUUGGAAAGUCGUCUAACAGGGCGUUAAGCUUCAUCCGUCAACUGCUGCCCGCAAUAUUUUUUUUUGGGUGUCAUUAGAGGGCUUUGUUUCAUUCAAAUAAAGGUUGAUCCACCCUUUGUUCAAAUGAGAGCGCGUCCAGGAUAUCGAGUCUUGACUGCAGAUACCUUAUCCUGUUCUCGGCGGCAAUAAAUAACAAAACAAGUCCUCAGACAAACUUUGACCUGAUAAUGACACUUGUGAUAUUUUAAUGGCGUGCCCGCCUGAUGUGAUCAGCGCUUUCUGCGUGAUAAAGCGUCUUUACACCUUGAGCAAUAUUUGAUAAAACAAAAAUAAUAACGUGAGCCGGGAUAAAGUUCCCGCCUGCCUUCACCUCAGUCCCUUCUUAUCACCGAAGCAGAAUCUGACAAACGUGCUGUGCUCAUUCUCCUCCUAAUGAGACAUUGCACCCCUUUGUCGAGUCUUUAACAAUCUUUUUUUGUUUUGUUUUGUUCUUCCCCUUUCCCCCUUGCGUGAUGUUUUUAAAACAAACACGUUAGAUUUGGCGUUAACAAGAUGCAGCGCGCGCAAGGCAAACACGGGCUUGUUUAGACUCUUGACAGUCACAUUCAAACUUAUUAUCCUCUGGGGAUUGUGCCCUUGUUGGAAGACAAACACAAGAGAUGACGCUCCUUCGGCGGGACGGCUCAUAAUGCACCCAGUAUUGAUAUUACGAUGUGAAAAGUGACCCUCAAGUAGGAGAGAAACUAGAAAUUCCCCACCGCAGACUAGCUGAGAGACUUCAAAUUUAACAUGGCGGUGUCAAUGAGCACCGCUUUCUCUUUAAAAAAAAAAAAAAACUCCUGUUAGAGCUGAAAUAUGAGCGCCAGCAGGCACCCAUGAUGUGUUUUGUGUGCUUAUGCGCACACACACACACGCAGUCACACACACUCACACACACAUGCACGCACGUACGCACAUAGGGCACAAAGCAAGUGUUAUCACUGUUAACAGCAGCACAAAACAGUUGAUGGCCUGUGUUGUGUUUGAGUGGAAAUUUGUGUGUCCAGAAACCCCCACAUUCACCCCCCCCACCCCACCCCCACCACCACCCCUUCCCUUUCAGCAGCUGCUGUCGCACUGUAACUCUGCCUUGCUGUGUGAACGUGUGUUUGUAUGAGUGUGUGUGAGAGCGAACGAGAGAGAGAGAGAGAGAGAGAGAGAGAGAGAGAGAGAGAGAGAGAGAGAGUCCGACAACAGUACCACACACUUGAGGGGCCAGGAGCCAAGUCCAACAGGACUGAAAAGGGCCGAGGGCCAGCUCCCUGAGCAAAUCGCCCACUUUACACCUGUCUCUCUCUCUCUCUCUCUCUCUCUCUCUCUCUCUCUCUCUCUCUCUCUCUCUCUCUCUCUCUCUCUCUCUCUCACACACACACACACGUGCACACAGGCAAACUCAGCAGUCUUGCUGUUCAGCGCAGGGUUCUCAUUGUAGCAGUGACGGGAGGGGGGGGCAUCCGUUAAGUGGCUCGCUCUUCCUGUGUGUGUGUGUGUGUGUGUGUGUGUGUGCGUGCGAGCGCACGCUGUUCCUCAUAUGUCUGUGUGGUGAAGAAAAGCGAUGAAGGACCCCUACCGGUAAAGUGGGUACACUUGCGCAGCUUCGACAUCUGUGCUCAGAGGAGGAGGAGGAGGAGGGGGGGGGGGGGGUGGAGGCAGACAGUGAGAGAGGAGGAGUAGGAGGAGGAUGAGGAGCACAGAGUAGGAAAGAGGAGAAGAGUGUGAAGGAAAGAGAGAGAGUGAGAGAGAGAGAGAGAGAGCAGAGCCCCGGCGCUCAGCACUUGAGGAGAAAAUGCCUUGUUUUGUGGAGAGAAUCCUUCCAGGGCAGGAGGGAGAGGUGAGGCAGAGCGCGGAGGGCGGUCCGCUGCCAGCUGAAAGGAGUUUAUGCACUGAAACGACCUCAGGAAAACCCAAGAUGGCCGCCAAAAGGAAAGGUGGCCUAAAACUCAACGCUAUCUGUGCCAAGCUGAGCCGGCAGGUGGUGUUUGACGGUAGCUCGCAAAAUGCGGAGGGCGAGCAGAGCGUAGCUGAAAACAGCGAGCGCGGCAGUUCCCACUACGAUGAUAGCGAGACCAACUUCCGCGAGAGCCUGAGUUUGAGUCAGAGCCUGGAGGAGGACCAGAAGAGACGCGAGGCGAUCGAAAAGUGGGUGAACGGCGAGUACGGCGACGAGCCGCCGGCGCACGAGGGCGGUGACGAGCAGGAGCACGAGCUCCACGACGCCGACGAUGAAGACGCCCCUCCCGAAGGUGUCUACAUGGUCCAGCCCAAAGGCUGCAGCGACGAGGAGGACAACAACAUUGGCGAGGAGGCGGAGCCCUUGCUCGGCUCUCAGGAUGGCAGUUACCACGACGACAAAGAUGCUGAAGACGGGCUUUCCAAGCCCGACGCCUACAUGCCGCCGAGCGAGGCCCCCACCCGCCAACCGCCUUUCUCCUCUCCAGGAGAAGCGUCUGCCCUCCGAGACUAUGCAGCCAACACCAUGAAUGAGUUUUUGGGAAUGUUUGGCUAUGAUGACCAUCAUAUGCGGGAUGAGCUGAACAAGAAGCUCAGCUUUGAGAAGCUCAAAGCCGCUACCUCAGACCCCUCGUCCCUCAGUAGCGAAGAGGCCUCUCGCCGAGCCCGCUUCACCAAGUAUGAAGAGUACAUCCGAAAGUUAAAAGCUGGUGAGACCCUGCCUUGGCCCAUGCAUGCUUCCCCACCCAAACCAGAUGACCUCAAUUCAAAAGUCUCCCAAGACAAAAGUCCAACCAUGCUCCAGACCUCUGGCGGCCUCCCGGCGGCCGAAGCUCAGAUCUACCCCACCGGUUUGGAUCACAAGCAGCAAGGAGGAGCUCCACUGGCUUCCGCACAGCCAUCGAAUCCCUCUCACUUGCAGAACAUGGCCUCCCGGGCCUCCAAAUAUGACUUCUUCAUUCAGAAACUGAAAAUGGGUGAGAGUAUACAGCCCAAUGGUAAUGCUUUUAAACGACCCUCCAAAUAUGACCUGGAGAACGUCAAGUUCCUGAACCUUUUUAAACCGGGUGACGGCAGCCCUGACAUGGGCGGGGCCAUCGCCUUUAAGACUGGUAAAGGCGGGCGCCCUUCCAAGUAUGACAUCAGAACAAUGCAAAAGAUGAUACCAGGAAAUCCCGAAGGCUCGCUGAUGCCCAAUAUUCUUGCAACCGCGCCGGGGAACCCGGGAGCUCCCGGUGUCCCUGCCAUGGGCGCGGCUGGGGCCAGCAUUGCACCGGGACUCGCCGUGGACCAGACGGGCCAUAUAAGCUUCACCACAUCAGACUACCUGAAGUCCAGCUUUUCCAAAACUGACUCCAUCACCACUGGCACUGUGUCCUCCGUUAAGAAUGGCCUACCACCAGAUAAACCUGCCAGCGACGACGUCAACCUCUACCAGAAAUACAUCGCCAGGUUUUCCGGAAGUCAACAUUGUGGCCAUGUGCACUGUGCCUACCAGUACAGGGAGCACUACCACUGCAUGGACCCCGAGUGUAACUACCAGGUGAGCAGGUUUACCAGUAAGCAGGAUGUGAUCAGGCACUACAACAUGCACAAGAAGAGGGAUAAUUCCCUGCAGCACGGUUUCAUGCGUUUCAGCCCCCUGGAUGACUGCAGCGUCUACUACCACGGCUGCCACCUCAAUGGCAAAAGUACUCAUUACCACUGCAUGCAGGUGGGCUGCAGCAAGGUGUACACCAGCACCUCGGAUGUCAUGACGCACGAAAAUUUCCACAAAAAGAACGCCCAGCUGAUCAAUGAUGGCUUCCAGAGGUUCCGUGCCACUGAGGACUGCGGCACUGUAGGGUGCCAGUUUUAUGGCCAGAAGACGACGCACUUCCAUUGCAGGCGCCCCGGCUGCACAUUCACCUUCAAGAACAAGUGUGAUAUCGAGAAGCACAAGAGCUACCACAUCAAGGAUGACGCCUAUGCCAAAGAUGGCUUCAAGAAGUACUACAAGUACGAGGAGUGCAAGUACGAGGGCUGCGUGUACAGUAAAGCGACCAACCACUUCCACUGCAUCCGCUCGGGCUGCGGGUUCACCUUCACCUCCACCAGCCAGAUGACCUCCCACAAGCGCAAACACGAGCGCCGGCACAUCCGCUCCUCCGGCGUCAUGGGCCUCUCUUCCACCUUCCUGGCCCCAAAAGACGAGCCGGAAGAAUCGAGCAACGAUGACCUGAUGGACUUCUCGGCCAUCAGCAGCAAGAACUCAAGUCUGAGUGCCUCGCCAACCACCCAGCAGUCCACCACUGUAUCCCACCUCAUGGCCACACCCACUACUGCUGUCUCCUCCUCCUCAUCGGUGGGCCACGCCCUCAAACCGACGUCCGCGCUGCCCAGUGUGGGCCAGCGUAUGUCCAGCCUGCUGUCCCAGGCCUUGCCCAGCAACAUGCCGGUGGCCCUCUCUCUGUCCAACAGCACCAUGGCUACUUCCAGCCCCUUCUACCCACUCAUACCCAGGUUGCCUGUCCAGCCUCCUCCGCAUGCUGCCAGCCUGUUAUCCGCCGUAUCAUCCGGUGGCCAUUCCAUGUCCACCGACUCGCUGACCCAAGGCUGCUCUACGGCGGGGGCGGACGGAGCCAUGGCAUCCACCCCAACCUCCUUCUCCACCUCCUCCAUCAUGGAGAAGAUCUCAGCCAGCAAAGGUCUGAUAUCGCCCAUGAUGGCCAGGCUGGCUGCUGCUGCUCUGAAACCUUCCAACGGACCAGAUGCAGGGAGCGGGCAGCCGGUGCCAGUCAGCCAGUUUCAUCUGGCUCAAGUCAAACAAGAACCAGCGGAAGCCAACUCGGGGGCCUCGCAAGACUCCACACAAGAACACAGUUUGGACCUGAGCAAGAAAGACACCAGUAGUAAUGAAUCAAAUGGACAUGCCGUACCGGGGAAUGCAUCUCUUUUAUCCUCGCUUAUGAAUAAGAUGGCACAGGUGAACCCUGCACUCUUCAACGCCAUGCACCUGAAGACGGAGCUGGAGGGCGGCCAGGCCGGCGAAAAUUCAGAGGUGGCCCAGUACCUGAGCCAAGUUCUGAAGAGGCCCCAGUUCGACAAGCCCAGCGAGAUCUGGAGGACUUACCUCCGCAGGUUUGACACAGAUGACUUCUGCGAGGCUCAGUGUGACUUCCUCCAGAAAGUGCACUUUCACUGUCUAGUCGAGGACUGCGGCGCUCUCUUCAGCACUGUGGACGGAGCCAUAAAACACGCAAACUUCCACCUCCGAGCCACUCUGAAAGUGAAGUCGGAGCCUCCGUUUAGCGAGGGCAAAGUGUCCGGCGAGGGCGGUCCUCUGCGGCCCGCUGCCCCCGUCUCCAUGGCCAACAACCCCUCAGUGGAUGUGACGCAUAUCCCCUCGUCCGGUGGCUACAGCUCCCCUCCUCCCUCCCUGUUGGCUUGGAAGCAGCUGACCGGCAGCAUCCCCCAGAUGCCGGCCUCCAUGCCCAACCUGCCGGCCAACUCCCCUCUGGCCACCACCUCGUUGGAGAAUGCAAAGCCGCAAGUCAAACCUGGUUUUCUGCAGUUCCAGGAAAAUGAUCCCUGUUUGGCAACGGACUGCAAGUACUCCAACAAGUUCCACUUCCACUGCUUAUUCGGGAAUUGCAAGUACGUGUGCAAGACGUCCGGCAAGGCCGAGUCCCACUGUUUGGACCACAUUAACCCCAACAACAACCUGGUCAACGUCCGCGACCAGUUCUCCUACUACUCCCUUCAGUGUCUGUGUCCCAACCAGCACUGUGAGUUCCGAAUGAGGGGCCACUAUCACUGUCUGCGGCCCGGAUGCUACUUCGUCACCAACAUCACCACCAAGCUGCCAUGGCACAUCAAGAAGCACGAGAAGGCUGAGCGCCGCGCCGCCAAUGGCUUCAAAUAUUUCACCAAGAGGGAGGAGUGCGGGCGACUUGGUUGCAAAUACAACCAAGUCAACAGCCACUUUCACUGCAUCCGCGAGGGCUGCCAAUUCUCCUUCCUACUCAAGCACCAGAUGACUUCACACGCACGCAAACACAUGAGACGGAUGCUUGGGAAGAACUUUGAUCGCGUCCCAUCCCAGGUGAUGCCACUGAGCCAGAGGCCCGAUGACCUGCAUCAUGGCAUGGUGUCGGGAGCCAUGGCGGCCCACUCCGAUAUCACUUCCAGUUACUCCUCUGCCACCGUCGAGGACGCUGACGAUUACGUGGACUACAUGGGAGGCGGUGGCAGCCCCUUGGGUAUCUCGUCCGAGUCGUCCAAUCAAGACCGCAGCUGCACCAGCACCCCAGUGGGCAAUGAUGGCUCCCCAGCAGGACUAGGCUGCCCCACCACCACCACCACCACCACCACCACCACCACCCCUGCUGACACUAGCCAAAACGCUCCUCCUUCCUCACCUCCUCCUGCUCCUCUUCCACCACCGCCACUUCCACCUCCUCCUUCCGUACCGCAAGCCGGCCUGCCGGCCCAGUCUCAGGCUACAUCACUGUCUCCUGCUCUGCUCCGACCACCCUUGCCCUCGCUCCCAUACCUCCUCUCUCCAUCCUGUCUGUCAUACUCUCUGCUCAGCGCCUCUCUGGGAGCCACUCUGAGUGUUGUCAUGCCAACCAACACACCAGCUUACAGCCCCGUCAUUGCCACUCCGUCGCCGGUUAAAAAUGACGUCCCUAUAGUGCAGGACGCCGCAGGAAACACCAUCUCCAUCCCCACCGCCGCCGGAGCCAAGAAGCGCUUCUGGAUCAUCGAGGACAUGUCCCCGUUCGGCAAGCGCCGCAAGACGGCGUCCUCGCGCAAGAUGCUGGAUGAAGGGAUGAUGCUGGAGGGCUUCCGGCGCUACGACCUGUACGAGAACUGCAAGGACUCGGGCUGCCAGUUCUCCCUGAAGGUGACCCACUACCACUGCACCCGCGAGAACUGCGGCUACAAGUUCUGCGGCCGUACCCACAUGUACAAGCACGCCCAGCACCACGACCGCGUGGACAACCUGGUCCUGGACGACUUCAAGAGAUUCAAGUCCACGCUGAGAUGCAACUUCCUGGAUUGCCAGUUUUCGGGCAACAGCACCCACUUCCACUGCCUGCGCUGCGGCUUCCGUUGCACCGACAGCACCAAGGUGACGGCCCACCGCAAGCACCACGGCAAGCAGGACGUGAUCAGCGCCGCCGGCUUCUGCCAGUUCAGCUCCAGCGUGGACUGCGAGGUUCCCGACUGCAAGUACAAGCUCAAGUGCUCCCACUUCCACUGCACCUUCCCUGAAUGUAAGCACACGGUGGUGGGGAUGUCCCAGAUGGACUCCCACAAGCGCAAACACGAGAAGCAGGAGCGUGGCGAGCUGCCGUCCGUGUCGCCCAAACCGGAAGCCGUGCACCACCUGGCCUCCUCGGCCGGCCCUCAAGCCUCCCUGGCUUUGACCGCGUCCCGUGGACUCACCCACCACGUCGGCAACAGCGCCGCCCCCUGCAUGCUCUACUCGAGCGGCGGGCCCGAGUACGGCCACCCGUACCCGCCGUCUUCCAUCAGCCUGGACGGAUCCCUCAACCUGGGCACGGACAGCGGCAGCUCCCUCUUCUUCCUCAAGAACGCCAGCGGUCUGGGUCUCAAUGACUCGCUGGACCUGAGCAAGAAGAUCCACCGCAACGCGCCCCUGGGCAUGCUGGCCGCCCAGGACGACACCACCGGAACGUCCGGGGAGGCCGAGGAAGAUCUGUCGCCCGAGGAGGAGGCGCGGGCCGAGGACGAAGAAGAGGACGAGGACGACGACGACGAUGCGGAGCUCAACACCGACUCAAACGAUGAUUCGGCGGCAGAGCCCGAUGAGGAGAAGGACGACGGGGAGAGUUUCGAUGCUUCCGUUAACCACACUGACACUUGCCAACUGUCCAAACAAGUCGGCGACCCCUGAAGAAAAAAAAGGAAACAAACAAAACCUCGGCGAAAAGCAAGCCGAUGAAACGCUUAAGCAAACAAGAACGAAAGAGGCCUCAUUCAUCAUGUUUGGAGACUUCGCAUGACGACAAGGAACAACUGCAGCGAGGACAAUGGAAGGAAAAAGAAGACGACGGCCCAAUUGUGAUUGAUGAUGAUGUUUACAAGAUGACCAACAUGAUUCAUACAAUAAUGCAUUAAAAAAAAAAGAUGAACGCAGACACACGCAAUUGGGCCCGGUUUACACUUGGGAGUGGCAAUGUAAAACAUUUUACUACACAUCGGUCUUUUUGUGUGCGUGCAUGUUUGACAUUAAUUUAUUUCAAUUUUUAUUUUUCACGUUUUUGUGUGUGUGGGGGGGGGGGGGGGGAAACAACAACAAAAAAAAAACAACAACAGCAAAUCUCUCCAUCGAACGAUCUCUGUCAAGUGUGUGACGAAAAGAAAAGGAACUUUGACCUCUCGGGCCAACCCCCCACGUGAACCUGCGAGGAAGCACACGUUUUAAAAGACAACAAAAGGGAAGUGAAUCACUAAGGAAGAACAGGAAGUGUUCAAACGAUUUUUUUUCUUGUAUUAUGUAUAAUUGUUAUUAUUAUUAUGAGACACAAAGAGAGUGGGGGAGUCUCACUUCUGUCACUCUCUCUAAGACGUUGGACUUGUUUUUUGGGGGAGGCGCGCAAGCUAGCAACCGGGCGCUUUGGGCCGCGAGUUCCGCUGAGCACCGCCUGACUCGGGCUGACAUUCUGCUGGAAAAGGCACCAAAUAAGCAGCCUGUGUAAUUUAACCCCCCCUCCCAUCUCACAUCCUCCCACCCACCGUCUUUGGCGGAAGAGAAAUCAACCCUGUGUGUGGAUAGUGCACUUUUCUACUAGCUCACCAUGAUGCAAAUCGAGUGGCGGCGGAUGACUCGUGUUUAUUUUUGUUACCAUUUGCAUUACGAUGUUGUUUUGUUUGCUGUCAGUGAGAAGCAUAUCAAUCUGUAAGCUGAAUUCAUAAACGUGAGGUGGGUGGGGGUUUGGGGGGGGGGGGGGGGUCAGUAGUUGAUUAGAGGCAGAGCCGGAUGGAGGGAGGAGCAUCAGGUAGUGUAUUUAAUAUUGGAGAAAAAAAAAUGUACAGACCGAAACUGCCUCAAAUGGCGUUACCUUUCUCUCCCCCCACCCCUACCCUAUCCACACCCCCGCCCUCCCCCGCCCCGCUCGCUGUCAUGGCUGUAACGGUCGAGCUCCGGUUGUGAUGGUUUUUAUUUAAUAUUUAUGUGAACUUCCAAAAAUGAGAAUUUUUUAGGGUGUUAUUGCACUUUUUAGUUUCAUUUUACCAUUCGGGGAUUAAAAAAAAAAAUAAUAAUAAUUCUAUAUAUAUGAUAUAUAUCUUUUUACAGGGAAUUUGCUUUAAAAUGACGUUGUUUUAGUUCACUUUGCUUUUAAUGCACAAAUAGGUGUUAGUGCGACAAAAAAAAUGUUUUGUGAUUUAUUUAAAAAAAAAUACAAGCUGUUUUGUUUCUUAUUUUGCUUCUUUUAUUCUGAUGGGGAAAUUUUGGUAACAAGAAAAUGUGUAUGCCAGAUAAAAAUGGCAUGCUUGCAAGAAACACUAAUAUGGACUGUGAGUUUAAGUUUUAAACUUCAUGGCAAUGCUCUUCUUGUAGUGCUAAAUUAUGAAUCACUCUGGUUUAUAUGGAGCAAAUAUGUACGACUGAGGAGUGGACACACUGGUUAUAAAUGAUCUCCUGAGCUUGGCAUUGGAAAUAAAUAUCCAUCAUAUAGGGAAUGAUGAUGUGUGUAGAUGAUUUUCCUCCAGCUAUUGUUUAAAGAAGAAAAAAAAGAGGCUGUACAGUAUUUUCCUCUGUAAAAAAAAACAAACAAAAAAUGCUCUUUGAGGAAAUUUUAAAAACAAAACCAUAAGAAGGAAAAAAAGUGAAUAAUAAAAAGAAUACAAAUAAUGUCAUAGUUUGCUUGUGUGUGUGUGACAUUUCUCAAUUAUGACCGGUUCCGAUUUUUUUUUUUUUUUUCAAAACGGUUCAUACUGAACAUCUUUGGCUUCCGUUUUUAGGCAUUUUCUUAAACAAUGUCAAAGCUCAAACUCACUGAUUAGAAUGUGUAUGGUUUAUUGAACAAUGUGUUUUAUUCAUUUGUCGUUUUUGUGUGUGUGUGUGUGUUUGUGUGUGCGUGUGUGUGUGUUUUUCCUCAUGAACUGAACUUUUUGUUUGGUUUCUAUUUGUAGUUUGCUGUGGGCAUGCCUCGUUCACAGACUGUCUCCCGGGACUCUCUCGCAAAGCAAGAGAUACUCCGAAAUUUCUUUUUGACAUCUUUUUUUUUCUCUUUUUCUGACAACUGUAGGAGCUGGGAGACAAUAAUCACUUGAAUUUAGUUUGUAUGUUUGUAUGUGUGUGGCUGUACAAUUGCAGGAUUUGUAAAAAGUUGGAAAUAAAGAAAAUAUAUAGUGAUGA